UCCUCUGCCUCUCUCGCCCUCGCUCUCCCUCCGUGCCGUACUGUUUUUUUUUCCUCCGCUGCCUUUCCUCAGCAUCCCCCCACUCAGAGAUGGCGCGUGUCGCUCCCGCUCAGGCGUCCGGGGCCUAACGAGCACACACAGAGGGCCGCCUCUCCCCCCCAGUCCGCCGCAUAUUCCUCGGCCGCCGCGUCUCACUGUGUCCUCCAUUGCCGCCGCCGCCGCUGCUGUGCUCUUCCCCCUUCACCUCCUCCCUGUACGAGUCUCUGGGGGUUGGGCCCUUGGGGGGUGGAGGAAUCAACAUUGUGCUUCGCCGGGGAGCUUUGCAGAAUUAGCUAUGCCCUGCCCAGGCAUCCUAUGACCGACUGGAUCUUUUAAAUUUCUUUGCGCCUGUACACUGGAGGGCCACAUAGGAUGAAAAUCUGCCGUCAUGAUGCAAGGACUGAAAAACCGAACCAGGAAAGCCCUGGGCUUACGAAAGAAGGACAAGGACACAGACGCAACGAGUUCACCUGACAAAGAAGGAAGUGGAAGUGGAAAGAAAGGAAGUAAAAAGGCCAAUGGAGCACCCAACGGUUUCUAUGGGGAGAUUGACUGGGACAGAUAUGCCUCUCCUGAUGUGGACGAGGAAGGCUUCAGCCUCCGACCCGGGGACGAAGGCGAUGCAGCAUCCAAAGCGAAGCACUUCUUCUCCUCCAGCGACUCGGAGGACGACGAGGAUGCAAAGAGGAAGUUCAAGAUCAAGAUCAAGCCGCUGGUGUCGGACAGCGCCAAGUGCGUCCCUCCGUCCAUGGACGAGCUGAAGGCGUCGGUGGGAGGCCUGGCGCUGUCGCCGUCCCUGAGGAGAAGUCCGAGACGCAGCCCGGGGCAGAUGAAAAGGAAUUUGUCCUGUGAGGAGAUCGCCAGGCCCAGACGCUCCACCCCCACACCCAGUCCUGCUCCUGACACGCCGAGUGACAGGUUCUCGCAGACUGCCGCCUUCUUCGGGCUGCCUUCAGAGACCAAAUAUGCCCGAUAUGACGUGGUUCCUACUGACGUAUGGGGGGACGCGAGGUCGCAGCCGGAGGCGCUGUUGAGUCGAAGCUUCCCAACGGGAGCUCCUCCUCCGCUUCCUCCCAAAAACAUUCCGUCAAGAUGCCAUUACGGCUACUCCUCCGACUCUGCUGCUGAUCUACCCAACGGUCGGGCCUCGCGCAGGUCCGCCCCCAUCUACCUGAACGUGCUGUCGCCGGCCUCCUACCGCAGCUCCCCGGGCCCCGACCUGGACGACGUGUUCGGGCCCGUGGACGGCCCUCGGGUCAGCGAGGACGCGCUGUCGCCCCGAUGGGUCACCUUCGCGGAGGAGCGGCCCCCGCCGCCGGACGAGCCCGCUCCCCCUCCCCCACCCGACUCUCCUCCCCCGGACACGCCCUCGUCCACUCCCUCCACGCCCCCCCUCUCUCCCGGGCCGCCGCCCAACGAACCGCCCCCUUCGCCUCCCCCGUUUUCGCCGGGCUCCCCUCCUCCUUUCACGCCGCCCGACUCACCCCCCUCCAUCGUCCUGGGGCCUCCUCCCCCGGACGCGCCGGCCCCUCCGCUGCCUCCCGAUUUCCCCCGCUCUCACCCGUCGCCCCCGGCCUGCCUGGAGGAGGAGGAGGCCAUCGACGAGGAGGUGCUGCAGUUCGCGGAGUACUGCUCGUCGCCCGUCCCCGUCAGCCCCGCGCCCCCGCUGCCAGCGGAGCGGCGGUCCCCUCGCGCCGGAAUCAUUUCUCCGCUGGUCCUGGGAGGCGCCGGAGGAAAGAGGACUCCAGACGGUGCAUAUCUAAGGGAUGAUAUCUCAGACUAUGUGGGUUCACCUAGAGAGCUGACUCCAAGCUUCAGGGGCACGCCUCCCCCGCUCCCUCCAACCACCUAUAGAUCCAUUAUGUCCUCUCCGGGGCCCUACUCAGGCAGCAGCCCUUCAUCUCCAGCCCGUCCUGCCACUCCUCAGUCUCGAGGGAGCCCGGUCCCACCUCCUCCUCCUCCUCGCCCAUCGUCGCGGCCAAAGCUGCCUCCAGGGAAGCCCAUCGCAGAUCUGACUCGGCCCUUCAGCCCACCGGUCUUGGGGAGCCCCCCGCCUUUUGCCCCUCUAGCCCGGGCAGAGAGCUCCUCCUCCAUCUCCUCCAUUACCUCACAGAGUGCAGCAUCUACUCCAACCUUAGGAAGGGACCUCAACAUGUCCACCACAGAGGCCCCGCAGCCUCUCGUAUGGUUCGACCACGGCAGGUUUUAUUUAGCUUUUGAAGGAUGCUCCAGGGGACCCAGUCCACUCACCAUGGGACCUCAGGACACUCUGCCAGUGGCAGCUGCUUUCACAGAAACUAUCAAUGCCUACUUUAAAGGCGCUGAUCCUAGCAAAUGUGUUGUGAAGAUCACGGGGGAGAUGGUCCUGUCCUUCCCUGCAGGCAUAACCAGACACUUCGCCAGCCACCCAACUCAACCUGUCCUCACCUUUACCAUCAGCAACUACACCCGGCUGGAGCAUGUCCUCCCCAACCCACAGCUGCUGUGCUGUGACCCUGUGACAGACAGUGUAGACACCAAGGAGUUCUGGGUAAAUAUGCCAAACCUGAUGAGCCAUCUGAGGAAAGUGGCGGAGCAGAAGCCUCAGGCGACAUACUACAAUGUGGACAUGAUCAAAUAUCAGGUGUCAGCAGAGGGGAUCCAGUCCACUCCUCUGAACCUGGCACUGAGCUGGCGAGGCGACGCCACCAACACCGACCUUAGAAUAGACUACAAGUACAACACUGAGGCCAUGGCCAGUCCGGUGCCACUGCACAACAUUCACUUCCUAGUACCUGUGGAUGGAGGCCUAGCCAAAGUACAGGCCAUGAUCCCACCUGCCACCUGGAAUCCAGAGCAGCAAACCAUACAGUGGAACAUUUCUAGUCUCUCCCAGAGAUCUGAAAAUGGAGGUGUAGGGGCUCUCCUGGGCCGGUUCCAGAUGACAGAGGGUCCCUGCAAACCCACCCAGCUGACAGUCCAGUUCACCAGCGAGGGGAGCACUCUGUCAGGGUGCGACAUCCAGCUGGUUGGGACCGGCUACCGGCUGUCGCUGGUCAAGAAGAGGUUUGCUGCAGGGAAAUAUUUGGCGGAUAAUUAGUGGAGCUGUUUGUGAAGGGAACCAAGAGAAUCAGUGGCUUUUGACUGUGAAAACUCUGGAUACAUCCCAUGUUUAUUGCAUUUAAAACAUUAUUUUUAGUAACCGAUAGAAUUAAUGGUUGAGAAUCACAAAGAAACAAAAUAUAACACACAUAGAAAUUAUAUUUCACUUCAUACCAUCGUAUUCAGUAAGAUUACUGCUGCUGAGUUUAUGCAAGGUGAUACUAAUCAUUAGUUUUGUGGACUUAGGCCAUUUAUUGGCUUACAUGAAGUAAAACGUAGGGAAACUCCCGGCUCCUGGUGUUUGUUAACAUACUCGUGGAUUUAAACAGUGAUCCAGCCUUAUUCAUUUCUGUUCCUUUUGUCUUUCAGUUCUCAAUGCAAAUGCAGUGUAAGUGAUGUAUGUAAUGUGAAUAGAUUAUAUAAUAUUAAAACAAUCUUAAACAAGGUGGAAAAGAUGGGAAAUGUAUAACAUAAGCUUUAUUUGCAGUUAUUUUUACUAUGUUCUAUAUUAUGUGGUAAUAGCUGGUUUACACUGCCUCCUCAAAUCAGACUCUUUCACCGCGUGUGACCUGUCGUCUUGUUGUGUGAGCAGACUUCAUUUUGCAGUUUAGACGAGCCUUGGAUGUGUCACAGGUCGUUCGAUUGGCCUUUAAAUUCAAGUGAAUUAGUUUAAGUUUCAAAUGACAAACGGCACUACUCUGACAUGAAAUUAUAUCCGUGCCUCAAUCCCAAUUGCGUUGUUUGAAACUGUGAUCAAUGAAAACUAGCACAUGAAUUACAUUUUAUAACAUUUUUAAAAAAUAAUUUGAGGAAAUAAACGUAUUCUGUGUCCUAGACUUCAUAAAUAACCCAAACUGUGCAUUUGGAUGCCUUUCCUUCACUGUAACCAAGAAUCUAUAAUGAUCACAUUUAAAAAGCUCCCGUCUGAAUUUACUGUGUACAAACCUGUGCAACAGGAUGUUAUUUAUUAGCUUUUGUUGCAUCUUUCAAACUUUUAAAGAAAUUUUAAGAGCACAAAAGUAUAUUUGCUUCCUCAGAUUCACAAUGUGGUAAUACAGUAUCUUCAGCAUGUACUAUACGUGCUCAGGAUUGAACAGGCACAUAAUGCUGUACUUUUACACAUGCAGCCUUUUCCAUUACUACUGACGGCGUUUUGCUAUAAGCAGAUCAUCUGAACAGGGACACAGCAUAGGAGGGUAAAUUACUUAUGAGUGGUAGUUGAGAGAGAUCAAACUUUUCACAGUUUGACUUGACUGGUGUUCGCGGGACUGGACACAUUUUGAAACAAGGCAAAAAUUGCAAAAAUGGAGGCUGCUGCUUUCACUGCAACAGGUGAAAUGAUUACGUUAAUGCAACAAAACUAUUGUUUAAAGGGCCUUAAAAUGCAUAACAGAGCCAGGUGUGCGUGCCAUAUAGUGGAGACAAGGUGAGUUCUAGAAAUAAGGACCUGGGCUAAUGAUUGUAGGACUUGCCUUUGAUGCUGCUGAAAAACAUGGCCAAUUCCUUUGAUCGUGAUUUUUGAUAAAGAUCUUGAGAAGGGUAGUUGGGGAAAGAUAGUCAAAAUGACAGCAUUAUUCACGUCCCUAUUUAAUUUUUGUUUUGUUUUCUUCCUUUUCCACCGGGUUAAUAUCAUUUUCUAAUAGCAAUAUUUAAAAUAUGAUGUGUACAAAGUGUACAUAAAAAGCUAUGUUUAUUUCUCUGGCCAUAUGGAUGUGUCUGUGACUGUCUCUUGGUUUAUUGAUGUCAGCACUCAUAAUGCAUCAGAUAAUAUGUAACAGCAACACAAGUCUUCAUCUAUUGUUUUACAUGUAGGUUUCUCGUACAAGUGUUACUGUUGAUGAAUAACUCCAAACGGUGCCGCAUGAAAUCUGCAUUUCUCCAUCACCGGUCUCACUGAGGCAAUACCACUUUAUCCAUUACAUUGAGGAUAUGAUACGUGUUAUUGUAUAAUCGUGCUAAGAGCAGGGACGUUUUGCCUCCGCUCUCUGUUUGCUGUUGAUGCACCUUCAAAAACUUACUGUCAAUAAAUUUGGCAUGUGUUCAUUGAUAUUUCCAUUACAUGCUUCUAAUAUAGGUGUUUGACAUUCUCCUGUGUUUGACCUGCACACAAAACACACCUUAAUUACCAUCCAUAAAACAAUUCAUGGCUUUAUGUUACAUCUAACGUAUUACUAUAUGUUUGAACACCACAUUUUUAAUGUGUUGACUCACAAUUUGGGCCUGGUUGUAAAAAAAAUCUAUGACAGUUUUUCUGUUGACUAUGCUAAAGUUUUCCUUUGCCUUAUUUUAGAGCAUCCACAAAGACCUCAGAAUCAGAGGGUUUCUGUAAUUUUAUUUUUUCUACAGUGUUUUGUUGAUCCUUUUCCUGUGUAAGAUACAGAAUAUGCAAACAUUUCAUGUAAAUUUCCCAUCCAAAGAUUUUGAAAGAAAAUCUAUGAAAAGGUAAAUAUAAUGUAAUACCUGUUUUACUUGGUAAUAAAGAAGAGGAAACGUGA